AUGGAAAACAGCAUGAUAGAGGAGUUCAUACUAGAAGAGUUGUGGAGCAUUUUAAAAGAUAAAACAAUUCAACUAAAAGGAUAAGAUACUUUCAAGCAGAACUUUAUAGAUGACUUAAGAACUGAAGUUAUCGAUCUUGAUAAUGAGGGUAGAAAUGCAAAUAACUCAAUCGAUGAACUGCGCCAAAUAUUCAAUGGACUUGAUCUAAUGACUAAAUGGUAUGAAUGGCAUACUUCAACAGGUGAAGGAGUCAAUUUCAAUUAGUAGGAUAAGGCCUAAGACUCAUUUUAAAGUGAUGAAAAGAUAUUUUUGUAGAAGUUUGAAGAAUUUAAUUAUGAAGGCCUUCUCACUAUAUAAGGCCCAAUUGACGAUAAAUUUGAUAUUUUUGAGAAGCCUGAUUUAUUCUACAUCUAAGAUCAAUAAGCAAAUUAUCUCUGCUUUGGAGGAGAAAAACAUGCCCAGAUUCAUCAUUACUACUAAAAUCAUCUCUAAGAUUAAAAUAUUGCUGAAUUCUUGAUAGUUACACAAGUGAAACUACUUGAGUCAUUAAAAAAUAACACAGUUUAGACUAAUUUUAUGUUCUAUUUAGAAUCAGAUGAAUUAAAAGUGCUGAUUUUAGAGUAAAUGAAUGAUGGUAAAGAUUUUUUGUAAGUUUAUUUCUUGAAGCCAAAGUCAAGAUUACCAGAACUCACAGUAGAAAUUUAAGGCUUGAGAUAAUGGUCCUAUUAUGUAAAUAAAGCUAGAGAAAAAGUUACGGUUUUAUAGGCAAAUGAUUUUACAGCAAAGCUAAAUGAGAUAUAUGAUAAAAGCAAACUGUAAAAUGUAGAUGUUUGCGAAUGGGUAUCAGUCGGCUAAAAGAAAUAAGUUUUCUCUUGCUAAGUUAAUCAGUUUCCCUUUGCUGUAGAUCCCAUUAGCUAGAACAUUUACAACUAUCAGUUCAAAUAAGAAAAAUAAAAAUUUUAGUGGAACAUAAUUGAGACUUUUAAGUUUCCAGAAAAUUCUACUGACCCAAAAUACUAACAAAUAAAUGAAUUUACCUGCACUGAAGUUCUUAGUCGAGAAAGCUUUGAGUUUAAAUAUGUGGCUUUCAAGUUCCUGUAAACAUUUUAAGGUAGAGAUCCAAGAUUGGAUGAUGUAUAGGCCUCUAUAAACAUAAUGAAUUAAGAAAUCAAUUAGGUUGACCUGACGAAGAUUAUCGAGAUCAAGAAAAUCUACAACAAAUAAAUUUAUCAGACUGUUAGAAGUGAAUUUGAGAGAAUAUGUCAAAAGCAUCCAUUAUUGUAUGGGUUGGACUUAGUGAAGCAUCUCUUUCAUGGUACAAGAUAAAGUGAUCCUUAGACAGUUUAUUCAUUUGAGAGUGGUCUUGAUAUGAGAUUUAGUAAUAAUGGAGCUCAAGGUAUUGGACUUUAUUUUGCAGAUAACUCUUAAUAUUCAACUGGAUAUGCUUACAAUAAUCCAAAUAUCAUUCAAUAGUAAUAAAUACCCAACAAUCGCUUUGGCUAAAUGAAUGGAGCUAGAUAGAUGUUUUUAUGUGCUGUCAUAACAGGAUUAUCAUCUAGUUUAGGUGGAGGGUAAGGGGCAAGAAUGCCUGCUGCAAUACCUGGCAAAUCAGGUGUAUUAUAUGAUUCAUUCAACAAUGGAAUUGGAGGACAUUUUGUUGUAUACGAUAAUCAAAAAUCAUAUCCAGGCUAUUUGAUAACGUUUUGA